AUGCCCAUUGACUACUCCAAGUGGGACCAUAUCGAGCUUUCGGAUGACUCUGACAUUGAAGUCCAUCCCAAUGUCGACAAGAGAUCGUUCAUCAACUGGAAACAGCGAGACAUACAUGAAAAACGCCAGCAGAGAAACAUAGAGAUCAAGUCGAUUCUCGUGCAACUCACGAUGUAUGCUAAGUUGAACGAAAGAGUCGAUUUCCUUUUGGAAAGUCUGACCAAUGAUGAGUUGCUCGACAAUUCAGUGCUAUUGGCGAAGCUCAACAACAAGUACGAUCCUCAGGAAAAGUUCGACUACGAAAAAUUGAUUAAGGACAAAGGUGAUACCUUAAGAAAAGGUUUAAGGGACUUGCAUUUUGAUGCAGAAGAAACUCAGAAUACACCAACAUACAAUGAGAUGAUUGAGGACUUGCUUAUUCAGUUGAAAGAUGAACAUCAAGACGCUAACAGCUCAGCUGAGAAGUUGAAGGAAUACUUGAAGGAACAUAGAAACAGAAUCGACGAUGUAUUGUCUAAACAGACGAUCAAGUUGGAUGACUUGUUGUACCAGAAAUCGUUGUUGAUUAGUAGUGACGACUACCACACUGGUUUUGAUCGUUCCUUCUUGAAUAAAGACAAGGAAGAAGAUGUUCCAGAAGAGAGUCAACCUGUAGAAAGCAAGGGUGCAGACAAGUCUGUAAAGAAGGAAAAGGUUACCACUGUUGAGACAAUCAACUCCCCUGCCUCCUCUUCUCAAGAAAAGAGUCUUCCUGAAAAGUCUGAAAAGGAAAUCUUAGACGAAUUGACUGUUUUGCCAGCUACGGAGUCGUUUGCGAAGAUUUCCUCUUCGGAUUUGAAGAAGUCGGGUGAGUUCUUGUUGAAACACACUUCCAUCUGUACUGAACACCAGAAAGAUGCCUUAAUAAUGACAGCAUUCGACUAUCAACUCGAAGGCAAUUCUGCUGCAGCCAAACAGAUUAUUCACCAGUCGUUGUUGCUUCAGUAUAUUGCCCAGUUGGCGGGACCGCAGCCUGCGCAGGCUUCCGUGAUCAAUGCAAUUAAGUUGUUCAUUUCAAAGGUGUCUGAGGCUUCUCCAGCUAGAGCUGGGUUCAUGGAAGAUGUGCAAAACACCUUUAACCACAUCAAGAACAGAUGUGAGAUCAUAAGAGAAGAACAGGCUGCUAAAGAUGGAGAAGAAGAAGCCUUGAUUCAGUUGAAGUCUCUUGAUGAGAAUACAGAAUUACUGGUCAACAUUCCUGCGGAAAACACACCCGAGUACGAAAUCUUCACUACCAAGCUCUCAAAAGAGUUUCAGGAUGCUGUAAGAACACAGUCUCUCGAUGAGGUUAACAAGGAAUUCGCCAAGUUGAAGGUUGAAGAGGCAGAAAAGGUGUUGGAGAUUUUUAACGAAUGUGGAGUUAUUGGUAUUUCAGGCUACUUGGAAGACGAGGAAGAAUUUCAAGAGCUUCAGAAACAAUACCAAGACCAAGAACUACAAGGAGAAGAACAGGAACAACUACAAGAUACAGUAGAAGAGCAGCUCAAUGACGAAGAAGAAAACGAGCCUUCUACUGUUGAUAUAGUUGAUUAG